UAUUAAUGUGGUCCCACCGAAUCUCAUAUAUUUCUCAUCCUGAACCUCAUCGCACUAUCGAUUAUGUAACAGUUUCCCCUAUACCUGGCCAUGUUUAUCCCUUACAACCCUCCCUCCUCAAGCCACGGCAAGCACAACCGCCGCAAGAUAAACACAUACGUGGCCGCAGUUGCGGCCGCAAAGACCAGCGACAAGCAAUGCUCACGGCCCCACAAGACGGCUACGACGGGUCGUGCAACCGGAAAGGCAGACAACUUCACUCAAGCUCUCCAUUGGUUCCCUACUUUUCAUUUUGGUGAUCCCACAGGCGAACCCCCUGCACGUCAGGCAGACGAGCAGGGAUCAGCAUGCGGGAGGCCCGAGGCCGAGGACCCUGGCGCUGGCCAGCUGCCGGCGCGUGCGUUUGCUGCAGGGAGGUUCUACCCCAUCGAGGGUUCUGGCCCUAACUCUCGCGGACCGCUUGCGCUGCAAGCUCUCGCCCAUUUGUACGAUGUCCUUCUCCCGUACGAUGCGAAAGUUGUGGGCCUGGGGAAACUAGAAGCAGACAGCUACGCGAGGGAUCUCCUUGCAUGGACCUUCGAACACAAGGAGGUUUUUCAUAGCCAGGCAGCCUUCAGCCUGUGCAUCAUGUAUCAGAAGGAUGGCAGUAGGGGGGCUUAUCAGGCAAUCCUGUGGCAUCGGCAGCACUUGCUGAAGGCCGUGCGCCAGAGACUGUCCGCUCAGCGAGUGGACGACGUGCUGCUGCACAGUCUUUGUACGAUGAUCUCCGUCGACGAGUGUCUGGGCUUCCACGAGUCUCGCGCCGUGCACCUGAAAGGACUGCAGAAUAUCAUGCGCGUUCGUGAAUCUCCCACCAGGGCGUCGCAGCUCACACUCUCAGGAUCCAGUGCCGGCCCAGGUAUGCUGCCAAGGCAUUCCCCCCUGGGCAAGGUGGUGCUCGUCAAUAGGAUCAUGGUAGAGUUCCAUCUGAAGAUGAGCCUUGGCUUUCAGCGGGAAGUGGACCCGUCGCCAAUAUUGUCCAACAAACCCCCUCGCCUGCUUCUAAGCCCAGGCCCAGCCACCGAUGCCACUAGCGUGGAGGACCUCCUACCGCCCGGCUUCCAAGAUCUCGCUCGAUCGGGCAGGUUGACUCCGACGGUGGUCAACCUCCUUUCGGACUUUUCUUCUUGGUUCUACAGCGGGAUGGGCACAGACGUCACCACCCGCGAGACCUGGCGCUGUCUGACCUUCACCCCCAGUGACAGCCUUGAACAGUGCAUUAGCAUCGCUUUGGUCUCGCUCGCAGACGAUCUCAGCGCGCUGGGGUCCCAUCCGUGCGCUGUCAUCUUCCGACAGGCUGAGCAGCGCGCACGCCUUCUGCGAUCACUCUCAUCUCUCUUCGAUGAGCCCUGGUUCCAGGAACUGGGGAUCUGGAUUAUUACAGUCAUUGCAACACCGCCAAGGACAUCGCGUUUGCCCUGGCUUGUUAAGAUGGAGGUGCUUGGGAUGGUGAUCUUGGUCCCGCGAUCCCCACGGAGUGGUGGAUUCUCUUAUCGAUCCAUCGAUCAGAUCGAGGGGGUCCUACGGCGUUUUUUCUUCGACGAGAGUCGCGCGGACGAUUGGCGACGGGCUUGGAAGGAGUAUUUUGAGCUUGGAGGGGUGGAUCAGAGAUCACUAAUAUAAUAGGCUUCCGUCUGUUCCCAGCCAUCGAAACCGCAACAUGGCCGGGGCUCGUCACUUCUUCCCGCCCGCGAUAAGUUUCCAAAUUUCUUCGUGAAACUGGCGCCCUCAACACACCGACAAGGGAACCAGUGUCGCAAAGAGCCUCGCCACCUCCCCGGGCACGAUUUGUUCGUGGAUUUCACAAUCGCAAUAUGACAUUCGAACGGCCUGGAAAGCCAUCGACGACAGGUAGCAAAUCAGCAAGAAUCAUCAACUUCCAGUCGAGGACGGAUUCGUGUCUGAUUUGUGAUCACAAUUCGACACGGACGACCAUCCAGCCACUCAGUAUCUCAGAAAUCUGCUGCAAAAUCAUAGGCAGACUUGGUUAUUACAUACAAUCCUAGCUACCAGGCGGUUACCGCUGGAGCGAGAAUAGUUAACAGAAGAAGCUCUACUCGCCGAGUAGCCGCGAUAAUCGUCCAUAGUCUCCGAGC